AUGGCGAAAGGAGUCAAGAAUCGUACUCAUUCGAAGGCGGUUAAUGCGUCUGCCAAGGCCAGGGUCAGUGCAUCCGGCAAUGUGAGCAAGACUCCGAAGUCUAUGGUCAUUCGAGUCGGCGCUUCGCAAGUCGGUUCGAGCGUUAGCCAGCUGGUUAAGGAUGUUCGGUUGAUGAUGGAGCCUGAUACGGCUGUGCGAUUGAAGGAACGUAAAUCCAACAGGUUGAGGGACUACACAGUUAUGACUGGACCUCUCGGUGUCUCGCACCUCAUGCUCUUCUCGAAAUCGGCUACCGGAAACACCAACAUGCGUCUUGCGCUCACUCCUCGCGGACCGACUCUUCAUUUCCAUGUCGAGAACUAUUCGUUAUGCAGAGACGUUGAGAGAGCAUUGAAGCGUCCGAGAGGUGGUGGACAGGACCAUAAAACACCACCUCUGCUCGUCAUGAACAACUUCAACUCGCCUGAUGCGACAGAGGAUUCGAAAGUGCCCAAGCGUCUCGAGAGCUUAUGUACAACCAUCUUCCAGUCGAUGUUCCCUCCGAUCAAUCCCCAGGCUACGCCGCUGUCCUCUAUUCGCCGUAUUAUGCUUCUGAACAGAGAGCAAGAAGAGGGAAGCGAUUCGUAUAUCAUGACUCUGAGGCAUUACGCCAUCAGUACCAAGAAGACCGGUGUCUCGAAACGGAUUCGCCGCCUCGAUCCCAAGGAGGUUCGGAACAAAGAUCCCAAGGCUGCUGUUCCUAAUCUUGGGAAGCUCGAAGAUGCCGCGGACUACCUGCUCGACCCGUCGGCGGCCGGCUACACUUCGGCAAGUGAGACUGAAAUGGACACGGAUGCGGAGGUUGAGGUUGCGGAGAGCACCACCAGGAAGAUUCUGAACAAGAGAGAUCUGCAGCGCAUGAAGGCUGGCGACAAAGAGAAGGCCGAGAAGAAAAUAAACAGCGCACCCGAAGUCGAGAAACGGGCCGUUAAGCUGGUCGAAUUGGGUCCUCGCAUGCGACUCCGGUUGACCAAGGUUGAGGACGGGCUUUGUGACGGCAAGAUCAUGUGGCACGAUUACAUUACGAAGUCUGCAGCAGAAGUUCAGAAGAUGGAGAGGAACUGGGAUCAGAGAAAGAAGCAGAAGGAGCAAAGAAAGAAGCAGCAAAAGGAUAAUGUCGAAAAGAAGAAGCAGGAGAACGCUAAGGCUAGAGCUGAAGGAAAGGAGGUCAAGAGUGAUGAUGAGGACGAAGAGAUGGAUGAUGAAGAUGACUGGCUCAGUGACGACCUCGAGGAAGGUGGGGGUGAAGAGCAGGAAGGUGAGGUGGAUAGUGACGAUUCCAUGGAGGAAUGA